AUGGCUACCCAGUGGACAAACAGGGAACAACAGCUGUCCUUGGCUGGAUUCGACCAAGUGCUAUGGCUAUUUGGGCCUGAAGAAUUUGUUACUGAAGCAGGCGCGAAUAACUUUUUCGUUGUCUGGAAAACGAAACAAGGUGAUAUUGAACUCCUUACUGCGGGUCUGGACAAUGGCACAACAUUAGAAGGCGUGACUCGCUAUACUGUCUUGGAUUUGGUACGAUCCAAUCGUAGCGAACAGUCUCUGUGGCAAUAUAAUGGGGAAUCCCUUCCUCCUUUAACAGUAGUCGAAAGAGACUUCUCUAUAAAUGAGAUGCAAGAUGCAGUGGAGGAAGGCCGACUGAUUUAG